AUGGUGCCAUCCCUGCCGGCCGUCUACUUUCCAGCUCUGGAUAAAUGUCUGGCCCGCGAGCUUCCUCUUCUAUCAUGGGAGUCCGCUUACAGAGCUGUCAUCAAUCUUGAUUCCGUCACCUCUUCGCCCACGCUAGACGCCUUCUUCCAAGAUCCAACUGUUCUUUCCAUACUAGGCGCACCCCUCACGCCCUUCUCCUCUCCCACACCACAGUCAAAAACGGACUUCGACACAAGGACCGCCGCUAUCAAUACUACUCCUUCGGAAUCUGGCCAAUAUGACAUCAAUCAGAUCAAGGAGGACGCUUUAUGGUUGUCCAAGGAAGCUGCGAUUCAAGAGACGGAUGCUUUGAGGAUAGUCCUGGUCGAAUGGCAGCAGCGCUCUGCAUCAUGCAUGCUGGCCGAAUGGUCCCAGGAUGAGCGACUUGGAAUUCAGAAUGCCGCUGCGAAUGCCCACUUCCGCCAGUCCAUCAACCCCGUUCCCGAACCUGACCACAAGUCGACAUUCGAUACUCAGCAACAGAGACGUCCCAGGCUAUUGACCACUCUCUACGCCGAAAAAUCUAGCAUCCUAGCUUUGUCUGCCCUUCUGGUUGGCCUCGCUUUACCUCAAGAUCUGCAGUCGACUGCGGUCAAGACGAGGGUUACACUUCAGCAAGCUGCCCAAGUCGUUUUUCGCGCUCAGACGACGACAAUCGAUACAUCUUUCUUCUGCGCAUGUGUUGAGGCCAUCGAAGCAAAACUAUCAACGCUCAAUCCGGAAUCAUGGUCGGGUCUGCUUUCCGAGGAUGAGGAGCUCGCCAAUGCUUACCUAAAGUCCUUUUUCACUCAGCUUGUUCUGAUCCUGCGUCUGGCAUACAUCCACAUCUUUGCCCAGGAAGAUAAUCUUGACACUCAACCCGUCGUUCUUUGGUUCUCCCUCAUGGAUGCGACCUUCUUCUUCUCUGCGCUACCCGAAAGCCCUGAGACCUCAGACCUGAGUAUUGUCGUUCGAUGCCUGGCUUCCCUCAUAUCGCUGGAAGUACUCAAGAUCAACGCCACUGUAGCAUCCAUUAGCGCGCGAUCCAACACUGGGUCCUAUCCGCAACUGCCUGGCAGUUCUUACAUCGAUGAUGAAGCCUGCGUUGGAGUAGUCACCUCUACUCUUCUCGGUGCUGCACAAGCUCAUUUAGGCAUCAGGCACGCAGGACCUGCCAUUCUUGCUUGGAGUAUCAUCGCACAAAGUCUCCGUGGAGUCAUUCUAGCAAGCCGUCUAGAUGCGCAGUCUCAGGUCGAAGAUGGUCCCAGCAGCAGCGAGACCAAGACCAAGACUGAACUUUCAUUGGAAGCUAUCCUAAAUGCUCAUCCUGUAGAGGGAGAAGAUGUUAUUGGCUUCAUGGCAAAUGCCGCAGCUGCUGAUCUGCAGACAUUCGACAUGGUAACAUCCUUGUCUGAGUGUUUGCUGCUUGCCUUUGCCGCAGACUUCGAUCUUUGUGUGGCUGCCUGUGGCAAGAUGUCGCUUUUCAACUUAGUGUCAGCAGGUUACCAUCUUUUCCAGUACGGCCCCGAUGUGGUACAGGCAUCGCUUUCAAUCCUUUCCUACGACACAGUGCCUCCAAACCUCUCGCGUACACGAGCCCGUAACCCGGUGCAACCAGUCAAGGCUUUCCUGACCGAUAGCAACGGUAUGGGUGGCAGAUUUUUCGAACAAGUCAAGCAGCGCUAUGCUUACGAAGUCCGCCCUUUCCUCAACUGUCUACUUUCAAUUAGUCAAAGCCGGGCCUCAACAGAUGGACAGGACUCGGAAGUUCUUGCGAUCCUGGAGAAUAUGGCUACGAUCACUCAAGUCCUCCCUCGAACCUUUGAGAGGAGCUAUGAAAACUACAGAGAGGACGAACUUCAGAAUCACAUUCAGCUCCUUGAUGAGAUUCCGCUCUUCGUACCAAGGGAUGGCAGGAGUCAUCACAUGCGUCUCACCUCUGGUAGGGACGCUGGACAAACUAAGACUGAUCUAGUGAUACCUGCAGGGGCCGUCGGUAUCCUAGCGAACCAGAACAGUCCCUAUGUUGUUUGUUGGCAUCAUCAACACUCUGCCCUCGAAUACUUUGGCAAGCUUCUCUCCACUAGACUUUCCAACGCAACCUACACCGAGCUGGCAUGUGGACCUGUCGAAAAGGAGGCGGCUGCUGAGAUCAUUGCGCUUGUUGACUCGCUUGUCUAUGCCGCAGUGGAGGCAGACGAUGUCAAUGCCGCAAAGCACAUCCUCGGCCGCUUGAGUUACGGUCUCGACAGAAAUGACGAUAUCGUCAGAGUCAUCUUCCAGAUGUUUGAAGAGGAGUUGCACGCUCAGGUUGAGCAACCAGGAUCAGAGGGCUCGUUGUAUCUGUUGGUCCACAUUGUCCGGUUCAUGCAGUCACUGGUGUCUAUCUAUCCGGAAAGAAUCUGGUCUCUCCUGACACGCAGUCGCCUGCUCUCUGUUGACGACAAUGUUGGCGGUCUUGCUGCUAUUGUAAGCGCUACAGAGCUUCCAAUCGGCCAGUACGAUUUACUACGUGCUUGUAUCGGUCUUUUCGAGAGAUUGAUUCAGGAUGUUGCCACCCGCGCUGUAUCGCGCAAGUCCACCACAAAAGCAGUUACCCGCUUCGACGACCCAGCCGAUGCAACCGGAACUACACCCGAGAAGCCCACCAGUGCUGUGCUUGCAGCAUUCCAACGUAUCCUUCUUGACGUAUUGCAAAGCUCGCCAAGCUGGCGUUUCGUCUUCCCUACAGAGAGAUGCGAAAUCAGCACGCGUAUCUUAAAUGCAGCGACCGAGGUUCUCAACUUUGCAUACAGCGUGGACGACAACAAGGUUAUUACCGCGAAGUUGACUGGUGUAUUCGCUCAAGCUUCGGAAGAUCUUCUCAAGGUGUACCUGGCGGAAAAUCCUCACUCGCUGACCUUCCACCCGAUCCUGAAUAUUCUCACGUCAGGCCUCGCUUCGAUCAACCCAGGACCUCUGGAGAAUGAGGGACCGAUCAGACUUCAGACCCGUGCAGCUCUGUCUUUCUGCUCAAAAGUCCUCGACGUCGGUUUGCUUACCGAUCGCAAAGCUGGCUAUCUUACCAAAAACCUCCUUCAGUCUAUGCCUCUCCUUGCACGUCUCUUUGCUGCUCAACAUUCUUACAAGGAGUCUGUUGCAAUUCUGUUCACAAGUAUCGUUCGCACAUUGAACCAGUCCGAAACAGAACCCGCUCCUCUUCUUGGCCACCUGAGUCCGGAAGCUGCAAAGAGCUUUCUGACCGUCCUUGCAGAGCUUGAUCAACCUCUCCAAGACAUUAGUGUAGAGUCUACGAUCUGGAAGAUGUUCUCUGCUGUGGUCAGCAACAAACAACAGUGGCUUUCGAUCUGCUUGCUCACUGGUACUACGCCUCGUGACAGAUUGAAGACUACGGAUAAGAGCGAGGGUACCGGCAGCAAAGCCUUAUUCAAGUAUGCUCUGGAUCAGCUGGCUGACAUCAAGGCUAUUUCUCCCAAACGAGCAAUGGCUAUUUUGAAGUUUGUUGCUUCUGCACAAGACCAAUGGGCCUGGGCUACGCACGGUAUUGGUAAACACACCGAAUUCCUCAAGAGCGCAGCAGACUGGCUCGCAGAGAUAGAACCGAACAACAAACAGUCCGACAUGGAGAGUACCAUCCGAUACGCCAACGAGAUUCAGAUGGCUUCCUACGCUUCCAACGUUCUUGCUCGCUACCUACACAACGCACGCCAGCUCGGUGAUACAACAACCGCACAGAACGUUGCCACCAAGCUGCAAUACCUCCGCGAUCACGGUGUGGCAGUCAAUGCUUACAACCAUUCGCUACACAAGAACCUAGCCAAGAACUUCGUCAUCAAGUUCCCGCAGUGCAAGCUCGAUAACUUCAAGCAUACUUCUCUUGAGCAAUCAGAAUUUGGCCGUGACUACUACUAUAACCGCAAAAUUGCUAGCCGGAUGUUAGAUUUCGAAUCGUCCUGGAGCGGUCGUAACAACCAAGGAUUUGUCGAAGAAGUCGCCAGAGCGAACAUCAAUCUGUCGUUGGUAGAAGCUCAAGUCAACCUUCUCAAGAGUUGGAAAGCUCUAGCCAUCAUGCUCGGCACAUUUGCUGAGGACAUUCCGUCGCUUCAGAAAGACUUGGCCACAGUCGUGCAAAAGUCGCUGGCAGCAAACAUGGAAGCUUCUAUUCCAGCCGUCUUGUUCGAUAACAUCGCACAGACACGUGCUGACUUAGCGUUCAUCUUGUUGCAGAAGCUGACCUCUAUCAAGUCCAAGGAGCCUAUCGUUCGCGAUUUGCUUUCUACAGCUUGGGAUAUUGUUCGCACCUCAAAUCAAGACUUUGAGGUCGCAUCUACUCCUCGCGAUGUUGACUAUUACCGGACGCUCCUACGUACCCUCUUCCUUGCACUUCAACCUCAGGUCUACAAUUCUGUGCAGAAGGAGAAGCGAUCAGCACCAGUUGUUCCUGUAAUCCCUCUCGAAAUCUUGAACACUGUGCACAAGAACUUUAGAGCACUGUGCAGCAAUGUCCACGCCAAUCCCGAAUCGGUGCAGCCAGCAGACUUUGUCCUCUUGACGGCUCUGCUCCAGAGUAUCCUCCGCAUUCCUGGUAUCGCCUCUGCUCACUCGGCCAUCGCCACUAGCUGUGCCGACGCUGGCACUCUUCGCUAUGCCACAAGUCUGUACUCUUGGUCAGAUCGUCUUGUAACACCUGACUCGGUUGAUCCCGUCUAUGGUGAACUCGCUAUCCUGUUCUUGCUUGAACUCUCUUCCAUAAGUUUCAUUGCGGAACAAAUGGCUGUCGAAGGCGUACUCUCGCGCCUCUCAUCAGCCAAUCUGUCGCACUACCUCCGUAACAUGAACGGCAAGGGUCCGUUCGAUGAGCCUGUCCGCGUUUUCGCUAUUUGGUCAAAGGGCAUCCUUCCGUUGUGCUUGAACCUCCUUGAAGCAGUCGGCCCGCCAAUCGCUGCCGAGAUUGGUGCUUUCCUCAACAGUUUCCCUGCUCAGCUCCGCCGUGCUGAGACUGAUUUAGAGAACAAGCAGCCUUCUCUUCGUCACCCUUGCGCUGGCUGCCUCACUCUUGGGCUCGCAAGCGAAACACACUCCCUUUCUCUCAUUUCCCUCAUUCUUGAAAGACUACGAACAGUAGGCGCAAGCUCCGGUGCUACUUCCGCCGAAAUACCUAGUCUGGAGUUUGAUCGUGCAAAUGCGAAGGAGCAAGUUGAGGCGAUUCUACGUACAAGACGCAACUUGCGUGAACGUAUCAUGCCUGUCGGUGAGCGCGAGACAGAGUGGGCUAGGCAGAAGCCCGCCGUCGCCACCAAGGAUACUGAGAACAAGCUCGAGGAGAGAGUUGUAGAUGAGUUCGAAGCUGCUCUUGUCUGUUUGACAGGCUAA